CAGUAAUGGCGAAUCAGCUUUCAGAUGGCUCCCAUUUCGGUUGCCGCUCAGUGGGGAGGGACGCUGGCUUUCUUCGGUGGACGGAGCUUUUACUUAAGAGCGCGUGAGACGGCGACGCUGGGACAUAUAAUUCAAACUCUGUGCCUACCGUGGAUUUCGGACACACAUUCACCUGAGUAUGCCCCUCGGUUGGUUCGAAAAGUGCAGAAACGUGAAGAUCGGUGGUCAUGUGAUCCGAACUGACCAAUGGGAUAUUCGCAUUUGAACGUCCUCAUAUAAAAGGCGACCUUGCACUGCGUAGCCAUUGCUGUUUGCAGAUUCUGAUAUUCGGGAGACUAAUCCGGGUGGAAAAUGGAUAUUGCGAGCCAUCCGACAGAGAAAGGCUACCUGCAGUCUGCGCGCAGCGUCAGCAAAGGCCCGUGCAGUGUAUGAUCUGCAGCGAAGACCCUGGGGAAGCCGUCUGGAGCGUCUUCCCUCUCGUCGCGCGCCCACCAGUACAUCACUUCGGGAGAUAUGCAUGGAGUUGGCAAGAGUUCCUGCAAUGACUGGUCAAAAUUACUUCCCAUUUGACCAUAGUAGCUGACGCCAGCUUUCUCAAAAUCCACCGUGCAACGAUGGUUGUGCUGCACGUCUCCUCCAGAUUGCUCCCUCCCCGUAAGGAAGGUGCGCUCAUCCCAAGAGGCACUUAGAAAGAGCGCGCAUGGGAGGUACCCAGGACAGCAGUAGCCAUAACGAAAUGAGUGGGACUGAGCCAAACUGCAACAGUAGCAGCAGCAGCGGUGGCGGUGCUGCAGCCCAGGAAGAGCCCAUCCUGGAGCCUGUCAACGGGGUGGUGCAGCCGCCGUUUGUGCCGCCGGCCUCGCGGCGGCAGCGUACCACCAACCAGCUGCAGCACCUGCUCAAGGUGGUCAUGAAGGCCCUGUGGAAGCACCAGUUUGCCUGGCCCUUCCAGCAGCCUGUGGACACAGUGAAGCUGAACCUACCUGACUACCACCGCAUCAUCCGGCACCCGAUGGACCUUGGCACCAUCAAGAAGCGCCUGGAGCACUGCUACUACUCCUCGGCGCAGGAGUGCAUCGAAGACUUCAAGACCAUGUUCACCAACUGCUACGUCUACAACAAGCCGGGCGAGGAUGUCGUGCUCAUGGCCCAGGCCCUGGAGAAGCUGUUCCUCACCAAGAUCACCGAGAUGCCCAAGGAGGAGACGGACCUGCCCUUGCCCCCACCCCGGGCGGGCCAGGGCAAGGGCAAGAAGGGCAAGACUGGCGGCAGUGGUGGUGCCAAAGUCGCCGCUUCCACAUCCAGGGCUGCCGCCGCCAAGGGACCCAGCCCAGCAGUGCAGAAUGCGGCAAGUCCGGCGACCAACUCUCACUCGCCUGCCGAGAAUGUGCCCGGCAGCACUAACACGCCCACUGCACUGAGUGCAACCUCCCCGACCCUGCGGUCGAGCACCUAUGCACAGCAGGCGGCAGCUGCGCUGGCGGCUGUGCCUUCUGCUGUGCUGGGGGGUGGUGGCGGCGUGAGCCCCGCUGCUGCUGCCCCCCCCGAGCUCCCUGCCUCCUCGGCCAUGAGCAGCGCCCCAGCGCCCCCUCCUCCGCUCGUGCAGAUGCCGGCCUCCAAGGUGAGCCCACCCAUUGCUCGGGACGACGGCCGCUGGCCCCAGAGGCGACAGGUGAAGAAGGGUGUGAAAAGAAAAGCGGACACGACUACUCCCCUGCCUCUGGAGCCUGGUGCCUAUGCGCCCCCGGAGGCCAAAAGCUCGAAGGUGUCAACGCGGCGGGAGAGUGGGCGGCCCAUCAAGAAGCCCAGCAAGGACCUGCCCGACACGCAGCAGCACAGCUCCAAGCCCAAGAAGGGCAAGCUCACGGAACAGAUGAAGUACUGCAACAGCAUCCUCAAGGAGUUGUUUGCCAAGAAGCAUGCUGUCUGCACGGGGGCAUUGUUCUUGAAGGGGCCGAGCCUGAAUGCGAGACGUCCACGCCGGGCGCAGCAGCCCAGGCCCGGGUAUGCGUGGCCCUUCUACAAGCCUGUGGAUGCUGAGCUGCUCGGACUGCAUGACUAUCACGAGAUCAUCAAGCACCCUAUGGAUCUGGGCACAGUCAAGCAAAAGAUGGACAACCGGGAGUACAAAAGCCCCGAGGAGUUUGCUGGGGAUGUGCGGUUAAUAUUCACCAACUGUUACAAGUACAACCCGCCGGACCACGAGGUGGUCGCCAUGGCACGCAAGCUCCAGGAUGUGUUCGAGAUGAGGUAUGCCAAGAUGCCUGACGAGCCACCACCAAGUGAGCCUCAGCCAGUGUCUUUGGCAGACCGGGUGGACUCCGAGAGCAGCUCCAGCUCACGGUCAUCCUCAAGUGCCAGCUCAUCUUCCAGUGAUUCUGAGGACAGCGACGAGGAACGCGAACGGAAGCUGCAACAGCUACAGGAGCAGCUGCGCAAGGUGACCGAGCAGAUCAGCCUGCUAGCAGCCGAGAGCCGCAAGAAGGAUAAGAAAAAGAAGAAGAAGAAGGCCAAGCGUGACAAGGGUGCUGUGGUUGGUGACGUGGUUGAACCCAAGGAGAUCAAGAUGGAGGCCGAGCCUCCGGCAGCUGUGGCACCUCCGGCCUCAGAAGCAGCCUUGGGCACGACGCCCACCACCCCUGUGGCUGUGACCAAGACGCUCAAAGCCUCCAAGGGGGCCAAGGGUGCCAAGGGGGCAGCAGCCACGGCCACAGCAAGUGCAGGGGCCACUGCCGCUGCUGCGGCAGCGGCGGGGGGGCCAGCCACGGGAGGCGCCAAAUCUGGCGGGGGCCAGCAGAAGCGGCAGCGGUCGAACAGCAAAUCGUCCAAAAAGAGCAAGAGCCUGCCGGCCUUCGACAGUGAGGAUGAGGACAACGCCAAGCCCAUGUCGUAUGACGAGAAGCGUCAACUCAGCCUUGACAUCAACAAACUUCCCGGUGACAAGCUUGGCCGAGUGGUGCACAUAAUCCAGUCGCGGGAGCCAUCCCUGCGCGACUCCAACCCAGACGAAAUAGAGAUAGACUUUGAGACACUGAAGCCGUCAACGCUACGGGAGUUGGAGUCGUAUGUGGCGUCGUGCCUGCGCAAGAAGCCCCGCAAGCCAUACUCGUCCAAGAGCAAGCUGGCCGCUACAGCAGCUGGCAAGAGCAAGGAAGAACAGGUGCGCGAGAAGAAACAGGAGCUGGAGAAGCGGCUGCAGGAUGUGAGUGGUCAGCUUGGCACCACCCCCAAGAAACCCCUCAAGAAAGAUGCGGAGAACGCGCACGUGGAUGUGGUCGGUGGCCGUAGCACGUUGAGCGCCAGCAGCUCAAGCUCAUCGGACAGCGACAGUUCGAGCUCGUCGUCAACGAGCAGCUCCUCGGACAGCUCGGACUCGGAGUCAGAGCCCUUGGUGAAGAAAGAGAAAACGGAUGCUAACCAGGCUCCAACACUGGAGCCACAGAGCCUGCUGGGUCCUUCCCUUCCGGGUACCAUGCCGUCACUGACGCCCGUGGCUCCACGGCAGCCUUCUUCUGCUGCCACCUUGUUGCCAGUCAGCAGCAGCAGCAGCAACGGUGCAGCCUACUCACUGCACAGCCCAGUCGCUUCAGGCCUGGCAGCACCGCAGUCGUAUGCUCCAGCCAUGGUGCCCUUUCCAGGGCUGCUAACCCAGGCCCCAAUGCCAGACCCAGCCCUGACAGCUGCCUACACAGGCCUCACAGCCCCACUGGGCAGCCUGUCUGCUGCCAAUGGCGUACCAGCAGGCCGCCCUCCAGUGGUCGCUAGCCACAGUAGUCUUCCCCAGCAGCCCUCGCGGCCCACGGCCACGGCGACAGCAGCUCCUGUCAAAAAGAACCCACCACACAGGCCGACCACCACGGUUGCCACCACCAGCACAACCACCGCUGUGUCCCCAGUGGCAUCUCCACAGCAGCCAGCCCGGCCCCCGCCGGGGUUGUCCCCACUGGCGUCCACCUCGCCCCCCCUGGCGGAUGCACCCAAGGCACAGAGCCCCUCGACACGACCUCCCCCAACUUCUGAGGCAGCCCUCAAGCUGGAUGACCUGUUUGCGCCCGUCAACAGUGGAGGAGCCCCCACAUCGACCACAAGUAGUACAGCAGCAACUGUGCCAGUUGAGUUUGACCGAAAGUCGGACACCAAGGCGGUAUCGGCACAGCAGCACCCUGUGGCCCCACAUUCCACAGCCCCAGCCACGCGGAAGGGUGGUGAGUCGAAGCUGAAGAACUAUGGGUCCUGGUCCAGCCUGGCCCAGUCAGCAGCCAAUAGCCCCGGCCAGGCACUCAAGACAGCCCAAGUCAAGGACAGCUUUCAGCAGUUUAAGAAGCAGGCCCGCGAGAAGAUGGACAAGCAGCGGCAGCUCUUUGAGGCCCAGGAGCAGCGGCGGCAGAGGGAGCUGGCCGAGAAGGAGCGCCUGCGGCAGGAGCAGGAGAAGCAGCGCUCUCUGCCAGCCCGCCUGGCUCCUUCCACCAGUGUCACGGCUGAUGGCACCACCACCGAGGAUGAGGGGCGCCGUGCAGCACCACCCCCCAGCCCAACCGAGAAUGCUGUCAGUGAGCGUGAGCGGCAGCGCCUGCGGGAGCAGGAGCGACGACGCCGUGAGGCGAUGGCUGGCCAGAUUGACAUGAACCGACAAAGUGACAUAAUGGCAACUUUCGAGGAGAUGCUGUGAUUGGCCAGGAAGCACCACCGAGCAUAACUGGCCCACCCCAUGAUGACGAUGACUGUGCCUCGUGAGUGGUGGUGGUGACUUGUGAUAUAAGACUGCACCCAUGUUUCCUAGCAUCCUGUGCAAGGCCAAGACACACUUGCCAAGUUUCACCCCGUUCUGGGGGUGCCUCUUUUUGCCAACCACCUUUAGCUCAGUGGCAAACAGCGCCACCCUUUCAUGCAAUGGGACAGUCCUCAUGGUGUAAAUAGGGACAAUCAACGCUGUCUGUGUGCGCGUGUGUGUGUGGCCAAGCUGUUAUCAAGCCCCCUUUGUUUCAACCCGGCAUACCAUGGAGGUGUGCUUUGUCAUAUUCGUGUGGCAUGCACAAGCAUCCUUAUGGAGCUUGUCAAAACUGUCUCCAAAAGGUGGCUGUGUGCACGCAUUGUUCGGGUAGCAAGCAACAACAAGAUGUGUUGGAGCAUUUGUUUCUGGCGGGCGGGUUGUUGAGAAACUUUUGUGUUGCAGAUGUUCUUUUUUCUUUUUUUGAAAUCUUUUGCUGCAUAGUGAGAGUGUCUGGAAAGUUAACUGGAUAUUCAUGCACUGUGUAGUUUUGAGUUUGCAGUGGCUGCAUGGUCAUGUAGCCUCUCUCUUUAGAUCCAUAGUUUUUUAUUUCUGCUGCCACAAAAAGAAAACCAUUACAACGGUCACUUGUGUAACUUUCUUUUUCACAUUUUAGAUUGGGCACUAAUUUUCACAUCCAUUACUGUAGUGCUAUUGGCUGUUUAGUGUGCUUGUUGUUAAUGUUUGUCAUUGCACUCAAAUUUUUCCCAAUUAGUGGCUACAUGAUCAUCUGCAUAAAAUUGUAGUGGCACAUGGCAGGAGUGAUUCAUAAGUUGUACUUGUUAUUUCCACCACUGGAUGUUUAGUGCAAACGGCUAUUUUUGCAAUGGCUGCAUAGUGAUGCAACUAUGGUCAGAGUUCAAAUUGCACACAAUCGGCGAUGUGUGAACAUUUCUUUUUUUUUUUUGCAAUUGUGCAUUGUUUUCUGACGUUGUGUUCACGUGACUGCACUUGAAGUUUCUCCUGUAUCCGUGUGGCCAUCUCUGUAUCAAAAUUGUGGUUGACAGCAGCAAUUUGUGUUUCAUCUUUGUUCAAAAACCUUUAGCAAGCUAUCCCAGCUCGGCGUGGUAAGUAAUUGCAGCCCUGCUCUACACAAGGGUGGCUCGCCAUGUGACCUCCGAUCAAAGCACUACUGGCUUCACUCAGAUAGCUGAAGCCAGAGGGCAUGUUUGACAGCCUGCCAAGAUAAUCGGGUUUUUUUUUUUUUUUUUUUUUUUUUUUUUUUUUUUUUCGCCACAAAAUGUGGAUUCUGCAGACAGUGGUAUUUUGUCCUUGUCUCUGGAUCCUGAUAAGUGGGAUCUCUUGUCACUGCAGCAUUUUGGUUUUUAGUUUCAUCUGCUUCCCACAAUACUCUCACUGCUCUUUGGUUCAGUAAAAGAAGGGUUUGAUUUUAUGUUUGGGGAAGGUCAAGGUGUGUUUUGGAGCUGGUAUCCAGAGGCAAGUGUGGGUGGAUGUGUGUGCAUGUUAGGAUAUCAAGCCCAGGCCUGGGUGGUGUGUGUGUGUGUGUGUGUGUGUGUGUACGUGUGCGCGCGCGCAGCACGUUGAUUUCCUUCACAUGGUGUUUUUUUCCUCACCCAACAUUUCUCUUGUGCGAGAGGCUUUCCAGGCACCAAGUCUUGUUGCACCCGUGGUGGUAUACAUACCCUCAUUGGAUUUUUACUGCUCAUCAUUUUGACAAGGUCUUAAUCCACAUGCAUUGCCAUGCCUGCAGCAGGAGGAAAUUGGAUGAUAGCCUGUGGCUACAAGUCAAGCUGUCUCUUUUCAGAGCAUAUCAGGCAGUAGCAAACAAAUGUGGCCGCAACAUUUAACUAUGGUAUGCGUGCUUGCAGACUUUGCAGUACCAUUCAUCAAGAAAGACUUGGGAGGGGGGGGGGGGGGGGCGGUGCUGUGCCUGGAAUGUAUGUAGGCUAGGUGUGACAAGCUGGGCUGUAGGGUUCUAAGCGGUGCAUAUUUGACAGAUUUGUACAUAAGCUACGUGUGCAUGCUUUCUUUUCAGGACCUAUUUAUUUUGCUGUGGUUGUAACAACCUAGAGGAUAUAUAUAUAUAUAUAUAUAUAUAGAUAUCUAUAUAUAUAUAUACAUAACAUAUAUAUAUAAAUAUGUUUCUAUUUGCUUGUCCUUUUUUUUUAUUCCCCUGUAAAUACGAGUGUCCACUGCAUUGAGGCAAUGGAGGCAAACUGCUGUUUCCUGCUCUUCUCUCUCUGGAUGUCUGAAAGAAUUGUGGAAAGUUUUUAAAAUACAAAAGCAGCGGCAAC